GUGUUGCUUUUGUGCUGGCUCCUCCCCUUCCACAGACUCAGCUCACAGAAUGCUGUGAGUUGAGUUGAGCUGCUUUUGCCCAAUAUCUGGUGAUUCACUGCUGUUGAGAGGAGAAAUGGCACAGAGACUAAAUCAGUUGGAUUCAGAGAAAUUCUCUUGUUCAAUCUGUUUGGAGCUACUGCAAAUUCCAGUGACUAUUCCCUGUGGACACAGCUACUGCUUGAACUGGAUUAAAAUCCACUUUGAUGAUGAGGACAGGAAGCAAAUCCACACCUGCCCUCAGUGCAGGAAGACUUUCACACCAAGGCCUAUCCUGGAGAAAAACAUCUUGUUAGCAGAGCUGGUGGAAGACAUGAAGAAAACCGGACCCCAGGCUAUUCUGGCUGAUCACUGCUAUGCUGGACCUGAAGACGUGUCCUGUGAUGUCUGUACUGGAAUGAAGCUGAAAGCCAGCAAAACCUGUCUGGUCUGUUUAGUUUCUUACUGCAGGAAACACCUACAACCUCACCGUGAUGUUGCCCAACUAAGUAAGCAUACACUUGCUGGGCCAUUCAAGAAGCUCCAAGAGAACAUCUGUUUUCGCCAUAAUGAGGUGAUGAAGAUUUUUUGUCGUACUGAUCAGCAGACUGUCUGCUAUCUCUGCUUGCUGGAUGAACAUAAAGGCCAUGAAACGGUCCCAGCUGCAACAGAAAGGACAGAGAAACAGAAAGAGCUCGAGGUGAGACGACUAAAAAUCCAGCAGAGUAUCCAGAACAGAGAGAAAGAUGUCAAGCUGCUUCAGCAACAGGUGGAGGCCAUCAUUAGCUCUGCUGAUAAAACAGUGGUGGACAGUGAGAAGAUGUUCACUGAACUGAUUAGUCUCAUUCAGAAUAGAAGCUCUGAUGUGAAGCAGCAGAUCAGAUCCAAGCAGGAAACUGAAGUGAAUCGAGUCAAAGAGGUUCUGGAAAAACUGGAGAAAGAGAUCGCUGAGCUAAAGAGGAAAGAUGCAGAACUGGAGCAGCUCUCACACACUGAGGAUCACAACCAGUUUCUACACACCUACCCCUCACUGUCAACACUCACUGACUCUACACCCUCAUCCAGUAUAAGCAUCUGUCCUCAGAGGUACUUUGAGGAUGUGACAGCAGCUCUUUCAGAGGCCACAGAUAAACUACAGGAAUUUCUGAGAGAGAAAUGGACAAAUUCCUCACUAAAAGUCACUGAAAAGGAUGCUCUGCUCUCACCACCAGAGCCAAAGACCAGGGCUGGAUUCUUAAAAUACUCCAGUGAAAUCACACUGGAUCCAAACACUGCAUUUCCACAUGUGUUAUUAUCUGAGGGCAAUAGAAAAGCAACAAGGGUGAAACAAAAACAGGCUUAUUUUCAUCAUCCAGAUAGAUUCAGUGGAUGGGAGCAGGUCCUGAGUAGAGAGAGUCUGACUGGGCGUUGCUACUGGGAGGUGGAAUGGAGAGGGGGAGGAGUCGGUGUAGCAGUUGCAUAUAAGACUAUCAGAAGAAUAGGGAAGUCAUAUGAAUGUUUAUUUGGUUUCAAUGACAAAUCAUGGGCAUUAUGUUGUGACACAAACAGUUAUGUAUUUUGGCACAACAAUGUACAAACUAAGCUCUCAGGUCCCCGGUCCUUCAGAGUAGGGGUCUACCUGGAUCACAGUGCAGGCAUUAUGUCAUUCUACAGCAUCUCUGAAACCAUGACCCUCCUCCACAGAGUCCAGACCACAUUCACUCAGCCUCUCUCGGUUGGACUUUGGCUUUGGGUAGAUGGAGUCACUGCAGAGUUGAUUCAAAUCAAAUAGAAGGACAAGUUCAUUUUGAUCCCUGAUCAUUAUGUAUACCUCUAAAUGAGGCUUUUUCUGAAGCAUUCAGUGGGCGACAGAUCUGAGAAUAAUUUUGCAGUGAUUACAACUGUACUUAUAUUUAUAUAAAUAUAAAUCAGAAUUUGUUAUUAUAGCUAACAUGAGUUAAUGUGAGUUUAAAUUAUGCUACUUUUUAUAUUCAGCAUACUUUAAAUAAUUAAUCUGUCUAGUUUAGUCUGGUUAGUGAUUUUAUUCUGUGUAACUCUGUGGCUGUCCUAGGCUAAGUGCAAAACAUGCAUUGGAGCUGUAAAGAUUCAUCUGUUAGUGAAUGAUUAGGCAUUUUAUUGUUUUAUCAUUUUAAUCACAAAAGUAAAAUAAUGAGUACUCUGAUUUCUAAAAUGUAAAAAAAAAUUUUCCUUUUCAUAUAUGAUUGUAAACCUAAUGUGGCUUCAACUUUUAAAAUGUAACCAAAAUUUGGAUCCUGGAGUUGUUUGAGAUUAUAAUGACAAUUAUAUGGAUAUACUUUUCUUGCAUUUAUAGUUACAAAUAUGUGUGUAUGUCUAAAUUGAUAUAAUUUUUCAUGUAAAAAUGUGAUGUCACUUCAUGAUUUAACAAUGAAAAUGAAAUAAUACCAAAUGAUCUAAAAGCUACUUUCAGCUGCCCCUUUAUUCACAAACAGUGAUCACAGCAGGUAGCUCCCCAUGUAUGGAGAAGGUCAGGUAUAUGCUAUGAUUUCAAAAUAAAAAAUGAUUACAAUUAAUACAAAGAUAACAAGAACAGCAACAUUCAAAAGAAAAUGAGAGUGUUAUAUAUCGAGGAAAAUAAAAGAGGGAUGAAAUUGCAUCAUAUGUUUAUAAAAAGAACAACUAAAGUACUGACUUUGAAAUUGUGAUUUACAAAUACAAAACUGGUAGUAUUUAAAAACAUAUCUUUUGUCAUUUCUUCAGUUCUUUGCCAUUCAUACCUCCCUGAAAUGUAAAGUCAAUUAAACUAUUGACACGUCUUUAUUAGACCUAACACAGCUUUUCAGUUGGCAUUCUUUUUACAUUUGACUACAGUUCAACUCCAGCUACAGUCAUGAGUAAGCAAACAUGAACGAAGACUAUGUGCUGCCUUAAGACGUUCAAGGACCAAUCAGUGUCGAUUACCAGAAUGAAAGUGUUUUAUGGAUAAAACUGUAACUCCUGUGGGAAAAACAGAAUGAUGUUCUGUAUGUUUUCAUUUUAAUUUGGCCAUAAAAUCGUUUUGUUUUUUAAAUAAACAACAUAGACUACUUUGUUUAGAAGAUGGUGUAAACACUGUAAAUAGUUAUUUUAAAAGUUUUGCUCUAUUCACUCCAAUUCACUGAGGACCAUCUUGAAAAUGUCCUGAACUGAAGCCAUUUUCAGAACUAUAACAGGAAGGGAAAAGACUUCUUAGAUUGGUUUUGGUGUUUCUGUGUGAAAUCAGUAAAAGUAUGAACAUAAUCGCCAUCUAGUGGCAGAGAAAGGGAAUUAAAACACUUUGUGAAUGAGCUGCCACAGCAGUGGUCCAAUCUUCUACUGUGUCAGGAGUAUUCAGACAAUUUUGACAUACUUUUUUUCCACAAUGGUAAAACCAAUAUUAGGUACAUAAUUCAUGACAAAUAAACAUGUAAAAGGGGCUGAUGAUAUAAAACAGCUCUGUAUCAAAGGCAGUGUGGAGUAAGCAGACCUGCUUCUGUUCACUCUGAAGAUGAAGCUACUUUAAGAAAACUCUCAGAGUCCCAGAGCUUCUUUCUUCACGCUGCAACCCAGCAGGACAUUUCCAGCAUCCACACACUCUGACACACAUGGUGCUAAAAACACAAAACAGAUAUUAAAAUAAUGAUUGUGGGAGGAAAGCUGUAGAAUGAAACUGUUUUUUAAAGCUGUUAUUUUAUCUGUUACAAUCAUUGCUAGUACCAUUGUGAGCACAGAGCCACGAGGCAGCCUUCAUAGCCAGAAGCUCCCACUCGUCCUUUGCAUCCAUCUUGAAACCAUGAAGCCAGAUCAGAGCCAGAAUGGUGGCCCACACUUCACUGCUGGUCUAAUUCCCCAAAUCAAAAUCAAUCAAAUAAACCAGACAGAACACACAUUUUACUUUCUACAACCAGUAAUAUUACAUAUGUUUGUGUACUUCUU